AUGCUCGACUUGCAACCAACUCAACCUCUCCGCCGAGGAAUUACUACAGGCUUCCUCGCAUGUCCAGUCGACCCUGUGGGACUGCAGCCGCGGGAACUGGGCUACUUCGACGAAAUCUACCGCAAAAGAGACAAGUGCCCCCUGUGCUGGCUCCUGUUCAACGCGGCGCACUCGGCAAGUGAAGAAAUCGCAGAUCGCUUCGAGGGAAACCGCCCCAACGUGCGCCAGACCGCCGGGUACGAUGGUCUGGCUCUCCUCGAGUGCGUCGAGCUCUUCAGCGGCAGACUCAUGACCUUCCAGGGUGAUCGGUUGCCGGCCCUUGAAGGUAUGUCGGCCAUUUCGUCUCCGCCGCUGCUCGCCAUUCUAUUUUACGAGAUACCCGACUCGUACUUUGACUUUGCCCUCAUUUGGGAGAAGAAGAUUUGUGGUUUCUGA